CUAGAAAGAGCGGAGACGCAGCAGAGACGCACACAGAGCUGCUGAGGAGCUGAAAACACGGAGACAUGACGAGAGAGAGAAACCCAGAGAGACUUCUGCUGCUCGUCGGCCUCUUCCUUACAGGUGUCCGGUGUGAAAAAGAGUCUCUGUUUGUGUACGGCACGGCUGGAGAUCAAGCUCUGCUGCCGUGCACCAACCUGAUCGCCUCGGACUGCUCCAGAAUCUCCUGGACCUUCUUCUUCAAAGGUGACGGCGUGCGGUACACCACAGAGGUCGACCGGGGGAAGGUGUGGGCGGACUCGGACAAGGUCGACCGCAUGUCCCUCUCGUCCAACUGCUCGCUCGUCCUGCAGGACCUGAAGGCCGAGGACGCCGGCUCCUACGUCUGCCUGCAGGACGGGAACGGCAUCACUGACAUCUACUUCUCCGUCCUCGCCAUCACGUCGGUCUCCACCAUCACGGACCUGCAGCGUGGAGGAAACCUCAGCCUGAGCUGCGUGCUGUUCACUUUCUUUGACGCGGGGAGCUGCAAGUCGUACUCGAACGUGUUCGACCUCGGCUGGACGACCGCGGACGACACUGAGCUGCUCCAAGACUCCAGGUACACGCUGACGAGCCACAAUCGCUGCAACGUCACUCUGGCGGUCACAAACCUUCAGAGAGAAGACAACAACAGGAAGUUGAGGUGUCAGAUGAACACCACACGAAACCACCAAGCCUUGUUUUUGGACUUCAAGUCCACAUUCUUGUUUGGAAAUUCUUCUUCUUCUUCUUCUUCUUCUUCUUCUUCUUCUUCUUCUUCUACUGUGAUUCCCGUAGCCGUCAGCGAUUGUUCAGUGCCGCUGCCCGUCAGCCGCAUAGUGCUCUGUGUGGCUCUGCCCGUCAUGGUGAUCAUGGUGGGAUUCUUCACAUGGAGGGCGGACAAAAAGAGGGCCAAGGCAUCGACAGCUGUCAUCGAGCUUCAGGAGUUCAGAUGACUGCUGAGCGCUGUACUGUGUGUUCUGUUUUUCAAUGCUUUUCCUGUCACAUCCAAAAUCCUCAUGGACUGCAGAUUCUCUUUGCAAAGGGUGCAAUUUGUAAAAUCAAAACCAAGCAUUGCUAUUUUAUUUUUUAUUCUCCUAUUUACAUACAUACCUCGGGUACUUAGAGGCAGAAGGAACAUUAUGUCUUUCACUGCGGCUGAAAUGUUGUAGAGAAGUUCCUAAAUUGUGAUGAUCAUCGUUUUCAUCUUCCUUUGAAUGUUUUUUUAAGGAUUUAUUUUUGGGCUUUUUAUUUAUAGAUAGGACAGAAAUCAGGAAGAGAGAGAGAGAGAGUGGAGAGCGGAGCCACAGGUCGGAUUCAAACCUGUGACACCCACCUCUGUACAUUGGGUGCUCUAUAACCACUAGGCUACCUGCACCCAUUCCCUUUAAUGUUGAAUUAAAUAAAACUAUCAAAUGUCUUUAAGAAAUAUUAUGAAGCACUGGUUUUGCUCAGUUGGUAUAAAGCAGGCGGGCGGCUGCACAGCGGAUACAGUCCUCCAAGAAUCAGCCGCAGGUUACACUCCUUAACCACAUUCACUCAAAAGUCCAGAUAAUAAUCAGCUGAUCUGAGAACCGCCCCGAUGCCAACCAAUCUCUGCUGUGAAAUUCUCCCUCCACCACCCCGACCUCCACCACCUUCAGUCAGCUCAUUUUAUAUUCAAGGAUGAAUUGUUGUCUUGUUAUGGCUGCAGGAUGUCAGUAUCAUUACAUGCACAUUCAGGAUCUGUUCUCCAUGUCCCCAUGGGGGGAAUUAAAGGUUUGAUCUGUGACAUGCUGCACUGAUACAGCUGAGAGCUCAGAGCAGAACCAAAUACAACUGUACAAACCAUAAGUGUAAUAAAAGGUAAUUAGAUGUUCUGUCUAAAUUAGUAAGGAUGUCUUAUUUCUAAGAAGUUGCCAGGUAUGUUUUCAUGCCACAUUGGGAAACUUGUUUACACUCAAUACAGGCCUCAUUUGUGCUCUUUCUAUCUUGAAAUAAGAAGAUGUUUAUCUGGACUUAUCACGUGAAUGUGUCUUAUAUUAAGUCUAUUUUUGUCAAGAAAUUUGAUUGUUGAGAUUUGAUUUUUUGAAGAGUCGUCGUGUUGAUCAGGUUUGAUUGAGUUUCUAUUUUCAGAUUAAACUUGUAAUUAUGAGUCUAACAUUAGUUGUCUCUCCUGUUUACUUCCACCUGUACGCUCAGACUGUUUGAGGUUAACUCAAUCAGGGACACAAUCCCUCAGUAAAGACGUCAGCGCUGCAUGCUUACGUCAAAGAAAUCACUUCUUCAAGUGUUUCAGCUUUUUACGGAGGACGGCGUUGGAGAUAGAAAGCAAAGUGUCAGAAGUUGAAUAAAGGGUGACUUGUAAGUAAACUAAAUUAAAGGUUGUUUUGUUAUUAUGUUAUUAAAGAAAAUAUUUUUGUGUCUGAAAUAAGUUACCUUUAUAUGCUGUGUAUUUUUUGUGUGUUUAAAUGAUCUCUAAUGGCAAACAGCAUCACUUUGAUUUGACUAAUACAUGUGUUUGUGUUAUAUGUUUUAAUGGUUUAUAAGUAAAUCAUUAAUUCAG